AUGACACUUGUUUUUCACAAAAGGCCGAUAUUGCUGAGUGCAAAAACGCUCCAGUCACUACUGGAUAAGUACAGUACUUACUCAGAAGAGAUAAAACCAUCAGGAACAGAUGAGGAAAGGUACGAAGAGUAUCUCAGUGCCGCAAAUUUGCUCUCUGGAAGCAUAGAGGCAAUCAAAAUGAGCAGAAACGCUCAUCAGGCAUUGAUAGAUAAGUUGCAAAAAGAAUAUGAAGAAGCAAGAUCUAAGGGAAAUAAAAAAGACCUCACAAAUGAAGUUGAGGAGAUUGAAAAUAACACGCAAUUCAAUGAAAGGAUUGCAAAGGCAAACGAAAUGGUAUAUAUACUAAGUGCCAGGGUCACAGAAGCACGGAAUCACAUGGGAAAACUUGCAAGGAAGAUGGGAAUAACUCAUAGAGAGCUCACAAAACAAAAGCCUGCAAGAAUAAAUGAAACUCACGCAGAUCAGCAGACCGCAACAGAGUCAACUGCGACUGAGGAAACCGAAAAAGGUUCUUCACAAAAUGACGCCAUUUGGCUCUCGGAAGACAAUUCAAAUUCGGAAAAAGUAGAGAAGACGAUGAAGAUUUCAUAUAUCGUACUCUCAAACCAAAGCAACUAA